AUGAACUCACUCUACAAUCAUGCUCUAAAGCAGACACAUGCACUUCAAAGAGACUUGGAAAGGGCGAAACAAACCGUCAAUAUGUUAGGUCAAAUAUCUGCAUCAUUUAAUACACUCCAAAGAUCGAUUGAUGAUUAUGAAAACCUAGCAAAAAGAGAAAUGGUUCCGCUUAAAAAGGAAACAGCUUUGACACGAGUGAGCAAAUUUAGACAGGAUCUACAGGAAAUGAGAACACAGUUUGAGUUUACAAAGAAACAACAGGAAAAUCUAAAAAACGAGCAGAAUAGAGAUAGUUUAUUAAGAAGACCUAACCGAGGACCAUCAAAUGCUCCUGAACAUCCAUAUCAACCAUUAUCCAGAGAUGAAUUUGCCUUACGUGAACAGGCAUUUGUUAAUAAUACAGAUUCUCAACUAGACGAUUUUAUUGAACAAGCACAAAACUUAUUAGAAAACCUGACAGAUCAACAUAAUAUUUUAAAGAAAACGCAAAAGAAAGUCCUGGAUGUAGCAAAUUAUUUAGGACUAUCUCAGAAUGUAAUACGAUACAUUGAAAGACGCUCAGCACAGGACAAAUGGAUAUUUUAUGGAGGAAUGAUCCUCACUGUUCUUAUCAUCUGGGCCAUCAUUCACUUUAUUUAA